UCCUUGAAAAAGUACGAAAAACACCCUCUCCUCGGUCAUCUUCAGUCUGACUAAAUUUAUCCUCACCUGACCAUUCUUCAAUUCGACCAAAAUCCUUCAUUUUCUUUAAUAUAUGUAGGCUUCAUCUAUUUUUAAAUGUGCAACCAAAAAUUGAGUGAAUUGUUCAAAAUUAGUGAAGUUCAAAAUUGUGAAAGCUGCUUCUAAAAUUCAGGCAAAGGGCCCAAAAAUCUUGUCUGUCACUUUGUGGACCAGCAAAUUUCCAUCUUUCUUUUAGUUCCCAAUUUUACCUGGUCCCCAAUUUUGUGAACCUCGUGACUUGGUUUUUUUUUCUGGUACCAGGUUAUGGGAAUGUAAAUUUACCCCAACGUGCAUAAACCUUGAGACGAUUGACCCCUAAGGCAUUUGGAGUUGGUACUCGGUUGUCAGAGGCUUUACGGAAAGGUUUACGAACUUGUUCUCAAUUCGAGAGGUGAAUAUCGGUAACUCGUUUGAAUCUACAUAAAUAAUAGUCGAGUCUUCUAGACCAAUCAAUUCCCAACUGGGAGGAGGGUAUUCCGACAAUUUGUCGAGAAACGAUUUACGAUGGAUAAUUUAUUGCCGGAAAAUCGAAGGCUAUCAGAGUAAAAGCAGUAUCUGGGGCUUUCAUAAAGUCAGCACUCGUCUCAUCAAUAGGAGGACUUUCAUACCAAUAUCCUGUAAAACUGAAAUUAUUUUUAGAAAUGAAGACUUUGGGUUCUUCUUCUUUGGUUCGAUUUCAUGGAGGAAUGUGGUCAUCGUUGAUUCUGUAGAUGGAAUGCAAUUUCAAACUAUUAAAAUUGGCAUCUUUUGGCGAAUCAACAACUGGAGAUUUUUGGUUUCAAAACCAGUAGAUUUUGGUUGUCUACUUUCUUCAUCGGAUAUUGGUUGACUUAUUAAAAAAACACCAACUUCCUGAUAGAUUCCCUUACCUAUUAAUGUAGAUCCCGUCACUCACCCUGUUCUAAACUUUCCGGAAAUUAAAUCCUCCCUGCUCAUUCAACCCCUAGAGACUAAUCACAAAAACAAUUCUCUUCCAGGUGUCCAUAAUGAGUUGAACCAACAAUUUCGACAAGAGUACCCAAAGGUCAUUCCUGAAACCCGGAGCCGGAAGUAAUCCGCCCGGUCGUAGGACAUCGAGCAACAGCUCAGACCCAGUUCCAUCAAGGGGUUUGAAGGUACCCCAUGGUGACUUUCGAAGUAUAUAAAUCGACUCUGGAUCUGAAAGCUCGCUCUGAUGGUCAGUAGGAAACGAACAGUAAAUCAUAAACGCCACGGGGUUCGACUCAGGAGGAGAUAAGUGCCUUCGUGUUGAUCGCAGGUCGCGCGAUAUCCUGCGGAUUGAGUGUGGCCGAUCGAGCGAUGAUCCGCCCAUCUAUCCAUCUUCCACCGCCCAAAAAUUGCCAGACUUAAAACUCUCUUUCAAAAAAUCCCAAAACCAAAAUGUUAAUCAACUUCCCAGUGAAUGAUCAGACUCUAGAGACGAUGACGGAAACGCUGAUUAUAAUUGAUUUUCUGGCUCAGAAGAAGUGCACCAAAAGUGAUAAUCUCUAAGGAAGAUAUGAAAAUGCGUCAGCUUCUAGAGUGUUCAACAGGAAAAGUGACAGUGACUGACCGAGUCAAGUGACAUAAUUGAAUCAAGUGCCGUCCGACCUGUUAUUAAGCGGUAAACCACUGCCGAGUUGUCGGCAAUGGUCGAGGCAAAAUGCGAGAUCUGAAAUCAAGUGCCAGUUUUCGAAACCAGUUACCGUCUCAGGAUUUCCAAAGUGCUUCCAAGUGAUAUCUAGCUGGUGAUUAUUAAAAAUGUCAUCAAAUGGAGAGUUUUCAACUAUAUCGAGCGGAGAGAUUCCCUCAUUGCCGAAAUCACUUCCGAGCUCGAGGGAGGCCACAGCGGAUGGAAAUUCAAGUUCGGGGGGUAGUUUCGUACCUCUAAGGGAGUUCCUCGACAGAUUUUCGCUGCCGAGGGUCGUCAGACUUGAAGGAACUGCAGGUAGACCCGUCUUGCUGUAUAAGCAACAGCACAGGUCGCUGAGAGUGACUGCUACACUUCUGAUGCAUCGGUACCGACAUGACGUUAAAGUGGGACCGGAGAUUGUUAUUCCCGAGGGAUAUCCGGGAUGGUUUUCUGUGAUAUCUGGAAAUAAUACGACUGGCAAUGCAAGGGUGUAUCGAAGAGUAGAGUCUCUGGUACGGGCUGGAGUUCCAGCUUUUCUACUUGCAGCGCCUUUGAGGGCAUACACACUCACACAUUCAAAAAUGGAAAAUGGAAACCUGAGAGCUCAUUAUACGAAAACGACGAUAAGAGCAGGCGAGGUUCUUCGGCUCGUAGCUGUCUUUCAAGAUACAAAAAAAUACAGUUCGAUGUCGUUCGCUAUUUCCAGUAGUUGUUCAGAAAAGGACCAAUACGCGCAAUGUCUCGAUCCACAUGGACGCGAGGUUUUCGCUCCUCUAUCAGCGAGAGGAGAAUUUUAUGCCGUUUGCCAGAACGAAAAUGUGGACACUGGGUGUGAUGCUGUUCUUUACAAAGUCCAUCAUCUUGUCAAGAGACAACUUCCCCUUAGAGUUCGUUUAAUAGCGGGACCACUGCCAGUACCAUUACCCCGGGAAUAUGGGGGUUUAAUGCAACUGGAAACUUCAACUCGUGGAGCGAUUGUUCUGGGAUGUAUAGUUCCGGAAAGGCCAGUUUACAAUCCGGAAAUGUUGGAACUUAUGGUCACCGGAAGUGGAGCUCCAAGAGUUAGAAGAGCCCGAUUAGGAUACCCUUCUGAGGCGAGGUUACUGGCUUCUCCAAAAAUGCAGGGGUUACUAUCAGCAUGCAGCAGAGCAGUUGGAGACCGAGCAACUGAACCCAGAGUGGCUCCCCUCAAAAUGAAUUCAUCAACCGAGGACUUGAAGGAGAUGCACCUGAAGAAAAUAAAACCGAAAACCGAAACAAAACCGAUUCUCCAAAGUCUCCGGGACGGAAUUGGCCAUUUGAAAAAGACAACCGUACGUGAGCGAAGCGAAACCAGGCAAGGAUCAUGUUCAGGAAAUGGAUUCCUCGACAGAAUUUCAAAGCUAACUCACGGAAGUCGCAGUCGAAAUCCCGCAAAAAAAUCGGCCUCCUUCACUUUUGCUGUGCGACCCGAACUUGCCAUGAAAGCCCAGGAAAGAUAUUCGAGCUUGGAACCGGAAACGAGUCAAAAUCACUCCAAUGUUCAUAAUUCAAAGCUGCCAGUUCAACGAUCGGUCUCCACCAGUGUUCUCGAAGUUUCUGCAGAUGUUGAAGUUCAGCCGAAUUAUUCGAGAGUCCGGGAUAGUUUAACACCUCUGCCUUCACCUCCGAAACAAACGAAGCAAAAGGCAGAAGAUAUUUAUGCCGAGAUCUGUGAAAACUUUGUCGCUGAAGCUAAAGCCGAAUCGGAAGUAAAGUCCGAGUCGAAAAUAAAAUCUGAGAGAAUGGAAAGCAAGGCGAAAAUUCAGAGGCAAUCGAGAGUUCAGAAAUCCCAAAUUCAGAAGAAAGUGCAGAUUCAGAGUCAGAAUGACAUUAAAUCAGAAGCUGAAUUUAAAUCACAAACUAAAAUCCAACCUCUGAUUCAGUCUCGGUUUCAAAUUGAAAUUCAGCCGGAAAUUCAGCCGAGGUUUCAAAUUCAAACUCAGCCGGAAAUUAAGCCCAGGUUUCAAUUCGUCACUCACUGUCAGCCGGAAGUUAAACCGAGAUCUCAAAUUGAUGCUCAACCGGAGAUCAAACCGAGAUUUCAAACUGAAACUCAGCCAGAAAUUCAGCCAAGAUUUCAGAUUGAAACCGAACCACAAAUUAAUCCUCGGUUUCAAAUUCAUCCUCAGGAAAAUCAUUCAGGGAGUCAUGUGAUGGCAAGAAUCAAAAUCAUUGUAAAAAGUAAAGAAUCUUAUGAAAGUGAGCAAGUGAAAAAAGAAGGACGAUACGUUAAUUCGGUGAUGAUAACUCACAGUGAUCCAAUUAUCAACAGCGAUGAUGAUGUAAUAUAUAACUCAAUUUUCUAGGCUAUUUCGAAUUUCUAAUGAUAUCUUUUAUUGCAAUUCCCUUCCCUUCAAUAUAAUUGAUCUGUAAAAAAACGAUAUUUGUAUAAAGUAUAAACAAUAUGUAGAAAAAGUAUGCUGUACAUAUUACGUAAUUGUAAGAGUAUUAUUAAAAUUUUCUUCGAGAAAAUAAUUAGAAUGUGUAGUAAACGGCUCAAUUUACACGCGAGAUGAAUAUUUGUAAAACGAGAUUUUUAUAAAGACUUACAACUUGUAAUAAAAAAGACGAUUAAUUAUUAGAUUUUGAUAUA